GGGAGAGAAACUUCCUCCGCUGCAGCCCACAGAUCGACUCCAGCGGCUCAACGUUGAGAGAUAUCUCAGAGCGACCACUUGUAUCUGUGACUGCCGACUGGCACAGACCGUUUUUAUACGUGCUUUGGAGCGUUCUUUUCGGGAGUGACUUGAAGUUUUUUUUUUUUUUUUCCCACCGGAGGAGGCACGAGAGGAAGUACCCGAAACUCCCAUGUUUGAAUGAACAAAAGAGGUGUACAGAAAAGGAGGAUAUUGCCGCCGAAAUGGAGGAAAACAUUCUCUCAGCAACAACAACUCCCCAAUCGGACCUGAUCACCAACCCUCCGAGACCUGACCCAGAGGGGCGUAGCAGCCCCCCAAAGAUGGAGAAUAUCCAAAGAACGGAGUCACCGGUGAAGACGGAAACGGACCGCAGGUUCAUGUCGCCGGCAAAACCAGACAUCCUCACGCAGUCCCCGGGAUCACCUUCAUCACCUGUUCCCAGGUCAAAGAGAGACACAAUAAAGUCAGAAGAAAGGCAGCAGCUGGCGAGGGAGCGCAGGGAGGAGAAGGCCAAAUACUUGGAAGAGCUCGGCAAGCUACAAGCGGCUAAAAAGAGCCAGUGGCUGGAGAAGGAGGAGAAAGCUCGGCAGCUGAGGGAGCAGCAGCUGGAGGAGCGACGGCGAAAGCUAGAGGAACAGCGGCUCAAGGCGGAGAAGCGCAGAGUGGCCUUGGAGGAGCGGCAGAAACAGAAACUAGAGAAGAACAAGGAGCGAUACGAGGCAGCAAUCCACCGCUCGGGCAAAAAGACGUGGGCGGAGAUACGCCAGCAAAGAUGGUCCUGGGCUGGAGGUCUCAGCCCAAAUUCGAACCAGAAAGGCAGAUGCUCAGUGUCAACGGUCAACCUGCCCAAACACGUGGACUCUGUCAUAAACAACCGACUCUCCAAGUCCUCGGCCACACUCUGGAACUCCCCCAGCAGAACAGCUCGUAGUGUCGCUCUGACUCCAUGGGAGAGCAGUAUAGUGGACAGGCUGAUGACCCCGACCUUGUCUUUCCUCGCCCGGAGCCGCAGCGCUGCCAGCGUUCUCAACAACGGAAAAGAUGGACACUCUCCUCUCUGUCCUCGUUCGGCGUCGGCCAGCCCACUGACAUUGUGCAACCACCAGCCCCAUCACCGCUGCUCUGACCGCUGGAGGGUGACGUCCAGCACUCCGGACAUCACCCAGCGGCACCAGAGACGGAGCUCCACACCUAUGGAUAAAAACAAGAAAGAAAAAAAGGAUAAGGAGCGAGAGAACGAGAAAGAGAAGAGCGCUCUUUCUAAAGAGAAGGUGCUAAAAAAGAGACAGUCUCUUCCCAGUAUGAGACACAGACCUGAUCUAAGUCCCAGUCCUUUAGCGAGGCAGCGACCCUCAUCUCCAGCAACACGUAAAGGCAGGACGGCAUCGCCGAGCCCCGCUGCUUCUCCAAAGCCUCCGUCGAAUCGCGGCAGCCCCUCGACACCUAAAGCUCGUCCCAAGAGAGCCAGAACCCCUGCCAGGAUAGACCACCGCCCACCAUCCGCCUCCCCUAUCCCACUGGAGAGGGUGAAGGAACCACGUCGAUCUGCCACCCCAGAGAGAAGAGGUUCUCCAGUUGUCCCGGCUGCCUCCACACCUCCUCCUCCGGCAAGAACGUCCUCAACACCAGAGCCCGGUAACCCGGUUGUGUCAGCACCGGCCGCUGCUCCCUCUCCUGCCACGAAACCCAUGGCAGGAACUAACAACCCAGAGGAGGCUGCUCGCAUCCUGGCCGAGAAAAGGCGACAGGCGCGUGAGCAGAGAGAAAAGGAGGAGCAGGAGCGUCGGGAACAGGAGGAGAAGGAGAGGGUCUUGAAAGAGGAACGGCUAGCCAGGGAGGCUGAGGAGAGACGACAAAGGGAGGAGGAGGCGCGAGCGAUGGCCGAGGAGCAGCGGAGAAGAGAUGAAGCUCAACGCCUGCAGGAGGAAAAGGAGGCUGAAGAGAAAGCCAAAGCUGAACAGGAGGAGAAUCUGCGUUUGCAGAAACAGAAAGAAGAGGCUGAGGCCAAAGCCAAAGAGGAGGCGGAGAAGCAGCGACUGGAGAGGGAGAAACACUUCCAGAAGGAGGAGCAGGAGAGGCUGGAGAGGAAGAAGCGUCUGGAGGAGAUCAUGAAGAGGACUCGCAAGACAGAUGGAGGGGAAAAGAAAGAACCAAAAUCGUCACCUCCUCAGAUCAAUGACAAAGAAAGCAGCAAAGAGAUCAACAACAAGACAGAAAAUGGAGACGGCAGUGCUAAAGAAAGCCCCCCUGCACCGGCUGUGAAUGGCGUCCAGUCCGUGAGACACGAAAAUGGUCUCUCCACUAAAGGAGAGGCAGGUCACUUUGAAGAAAUCAUUCACCUGGCGCAUCACGGCAACGGAAACAACGGCGCCCGAGACAACUCUGAUGAGUCCAUUCUCAAAUACGACGGCGAGGAGUCUUUCAUGAAGAAAGCUAAUGCCAUGAAAUCACAACAUGUUGCAGAGGUCCUGUAACAAACUCCAGUGUUGAAGUGUGCACUGCCCGAGGCCGCUGACCUCGGCCAGUCGCACCGUCAGUCGCCGUGGGGAAGCCAUGUGACCCGUGCCAAUCAGCGACCUUCAUCCCUUCGCCCCUCACACGCUUCGGAAGGGAGACGGACUCACGAUUCCGUGCGUCAGAUGACGGCUGUGGCACUGACUUCACGCACCUUAUUACGAAAACAUGUUGUAGUAAUUUAACGGCUGGGUACAUCUGUGAAUAUUGUAAAUGAGCAGUCAGUCAGGCGGCUUUAGAAGUGUAUAAAAAGGGAGUCGGUUACAGAUCCUCUGCUGAGUAGAAGCCGAGUCGCUCGCUUCCUGCUGUGUAAAGACUGUUUUGUAAAGGAAGAAUUUCCAUUCUAGGUUGAAACGCUAAUAAAACCUGCUAACUGCAAACACACUGUAUGUCCAUAACUUAAAACCUACUAUGUUGGAUUGUAUGCAACAAAAAAAAUGUUCCAUUGUGCCACGAAGGACGAGUUGAGAAAUCAAUUCCUGAUCUAUUGAGCAGUUAGAGUUUAACAUGUAGCAGGACUCUGUGGUUCACAUUCGCAUCGGAAAGGAAGCCGUGAUAUCAAUGUGUUUUAUGUCGAUGGGAGGAUCUCAAGUCUAAUAAAAGACAAAAAGUCCA